UGUUGGUGUGGUUACCAUGGUAACUGGGAGAGUUUAUUGCUGGAACCAAACAGAAGGCAGCAACCCGGAGUACAGGAGAAAGCUUUGUUUUUCAUCUGUAAAAGUGAAGUAAGAGAGAUCUUCCUCCCUCCUACAAUUGUUAGAAGGAUCUGUUUCACUCUAAAAGACUUAAGCCAUGGCAAAAGAAAAGAAGAAGAAGGAGAAGAAGAAAAAGGGCGCCCAACAGCUGUCCAAGGAACCUCGAUCUUAUUUUCCAGAAGCUCUUUUGGCAUACCAAAUUCACAUAAAGGAAGAGAUAAUUGAUCAGCUUCUGUAUGACAUAAAGGUCCUGGAAGCUCAGAAUGACAAAUCCAAAGAAAGAAAUGAGCACCUAAAGGAGGAACAGAUUGGGCACAUCCGGGCACUCUUAACCAGCCUGAAAGAACAGGAGAAAGAACUAGAGAAAGUUGAAGUUGUUACCAGGGAUGAUGUAGAGAAAGCCAUGAUGGACAAGUGGAAGUAUGUUAAGGACCAGGAUAAACUUCUUAAAGACAUGCGUUUGCAGAUACAUUACAUUGAACAAAAAGUUCUGCGGAAACAGACUGAGAUGGAUUACUGGCUGGCUUACAAAAAUGUGGGGAGUACAGAGCAUGCCAAACAGAUAGAAUUCCUGGAACUGGACAUCAAGAAGCUGAAAGAAGAUCUUGAAGAAAUGACAGAAUAUUUCAGAGUUGCUCUGGAAGAAACGAAGGAAAAAAUUGACAAAAGCACUCUGAGACAAAUGGAGCAGAAGAAGGAAUGGGCUACUGAGAACGCCGUUAAGCACAUCGACAAGAUCAGCUGCAGGGAGAUUAAAGAAUAUGAGUGGCUGAAAGAAGAGGUUGCAGCUUACCGAAAGGAAGUGAGUGAAUUGGAGGACUCUGUCCACACACUGGAGAAGGAAAAUAUCUAUCUCAUCAACAAGCUGUUUAAGUCCAAAUUACAGUUUCUUAAAGUACCUAGAAAGUUAUUUCUUACCCAGGGAGCUGGCCUGCAGAUUCCUGGAGAGGACUUGUUGACUGUGGAAGAUGGCGACCAUGCAAGAUUAAAGGACGAAGCUGACAGCGGAGCCUCAGUAUCCGAAGCUGUCCUUGCUGUGGAGGAGAGGAGCAAGGGAAGAGAGAAGGAUUUGGAGGCAGAGGAACAAAUCUCAGAAGACAACUCUAACGAGGUUUAUCUGCGAGGAAAAUCAACCAGUCAGUUUCUUCCCCCCAUCCUGUAUGAAGACACAAAGGAUUUCAAGGAGUACAAGGAUCUCGGAUCUUUGGAGGUGAAGUUAAUGAGCGUAGUCGGCCAGACCAUGGCGAUCCAUGAAGACAUCAAAGAAAUUCCAAGCAAAACCCAGCUUGAAGAGAAAUAUGACCCCAGGAGGUCAUCCCACCACAUCACCUACCAGAUGAUCAAAUCUGUAUUUCCUUAAAAAUGUGAAAGAGAAGAUAGAAACUAGUUCUUGAAGCUGUAGACAGGAUAUAGGUUGCUGAGGCUCCUUUGUA